CCGAAUAGUCUGCUUUGAAGUUGUCUAGCUAGAUAACGUUAAUGGUAUUCAACAUUUUCCUUACAGAAUAUAUAGAGAGAAAUCUCCAGGAACGCUACCUCACAAGAAAGGCACCGUGUCCUUCGGGGUGCCUUAAAUCGACAAAAAAUGACCACAGAGAUUUGCAGUGCUAGCAAACUGACUGUGUUGGUGACAAAGCUUCAUGAGUUCUUGGCUCAUUCAGAAGAGGACAAUCCAACCCAUGUUCCUGAAAUAUCACAGGCUACAGUUGUCCCAGAUCCUGUUGAUUUGCAAACUGAAGAUCAUAUCCUUCAAGAGCCAACUGGUUUGAAUGACACUGUGAAACCAGCUUCCUCUCGCUCAAAGAGGAAGCCUUCCAUUGUCACCAAGCACACUGGAUUAGAUGAAUCGGAUGCUUCAGAUGAGAGCAUUAAUGAAGAUGCAGUUUCCAGCAACACCUCAGAUGGUGAACUUGACAUGAAGAGUCUUCCAAAAGGCACUGUGGUCGUAAAGCCAGAGCCUGUGGGAAAUGAAGUCAAAGAUGACUUUCGAGGUCCAGAGUUUCGCUGCAGGGGAGCCACCAAACUCAAAACGGAUUUAUCACGGAAACGAGGAGGUCAGCAUUUACAGAUCGUCAGCUGCACUGCCUGUGGACAACAAGUCAACCAUUUCCAGAAGGAUUCUUUCUACCAGCAUCCUGCCCUCAAAGUCUUGAUUUGUAAGUCAUGUUUCAAAUAUUAUAUGAGUGAUGACAUCAGCAAGGAUGCAGAUGGCAUGGAUGAGCAAUGCAGAUGGUGUGCUGAGGGGGGAAACUUAAUCUGCUGUGACUUCUGCAGCAAUGCCUUCUGCAAGAAGUGCAUCCUGCGGAACUUGGGGCGGAAAGAGUUGUCCGGUAUCAUGGACGAGGAGAGCAAGUGGUACUGCUAUGUGUGCAGCCCCGAGCCACUGCUUGACCUGGUAAUGACCUGUGACACGGUGCUGCAGAACUUUGAGCGCCUCUGGCAUCAGCAGAGGAAGAGGGCUAAAGGAGAGCAUGACAAGGGAGGCCACGAGCACAGUGAUCACAAACUCUUGAAAAAGGACAAAACCACUUUCAAUGGGAAGGAUCACAUCUCUGAUGGUCUCGAAUGCAGAACAGUAGUUUUUACUUAUAAAUCUUUGAGUAUACCAAAAGAACUGAUGAAAAAGACUAAAAAGCUUGUGGAAACCACGACAGCCCUGAAUAACACUUUUAUUAAGUUCAUACAGCAGGACUCGGAGAACGUAGGAGACCGUACUGUAAAGCUUCGACACUUGAGAGCCUUCAGGUCCGUGUUGGUGGAUCUUAAAAUGGCUCACGCUGCUCUGGAGAAGGCUUUGGAGCAGGAACUCAAAGAUGUGCUGCAGAACAGCGAGGAGAACGACUGUGACGACAGUGCUGGCAGGCUUUCACAGCAGGAACAAGAUGAAGACGUGUUCACUGAUGCACCAACCGGGCAUGAAAACAGGCAUUUCAUGGAAAAUGCUGAUGAUGAUAACAGAGACUCUUCAGUCGAGUUUACUUCCACAAAUGAUGUGGAGAUGAAGGAAGUCCACCAGCUCUCUGAUGGAAUCAAAGCCAAAAUCAAGAUGGCGAAAGACACCCAUUGUACCAUUGAGGUAAAACGCUUAUCCGAAAUGGCAAUGGUGCCACACCCUGACGCUGAUGAACUGUUUGGAAUGUCACAUUCCUCAGGUGGCACACACAGAACAGUGCACAGCCCAUCAAAGUCCCGGAAGUCUACUGACAGCAAGUCACCGCAUUCCAGAAAGAGUCCCAUCAUGAUGACCAAGGAACUGGUGGUAAAGCUGACUCCCAUGUCAUUUGAUGAGUCUCUGCCCCUCCAGUGUAAAGGAGACGAGGGAGAAAAUAAUGGUGGAACAGAGGAAGAGACGGACCCCUCUGUGAGGGAGUCUGAGGAACCUGUUAUUUUAGAUGAUGAUCAAGAGAACAGACGUUCACCCAGGGUGAAAACCACACCCCUGCGAAGGCAGGCUGAGUGCAAGUCUGUUUUUCCUCCAAACAGUGAGUGCGACUCCACUCAGGCCGAAACCUCCAACGCUUUAGAUGGUGAGGAACCUGAGGAGGAUAAAGAGGACAGCAGCAGGAUGGCGGACUCGGACUCUGAUGAAGUUCCGGCCAUCCUCCUUCAGGCAGCUGCCAUGACGCCGAGCUCAGGUGAGUCAGAGAGUGGAGGUGAAGCCUCUCCCCAAAGUGUCAAGAAGCAGUGCCUUUUUGGGCUGAAGAAGGAUGCCUCUCAGUCCCCAGACAAGGUGGUAAUUGCACAAAGGAUAAAGGGAAUGCCAUCUAAACAUGGUUGUAAGAAGGUACUGACCAGGAAAGGCAUCCAGAAAAGGAGGCAAAGUGGUUCCGACUCCACCAGUGGAGAUUCAGACCUGGAGAAGGAGAUUACAAACCUGAGCAAGCUUGGAGCUGCUAAGAGAAGACCUCACAAGCCAAAGAAACUAAAGAGUGAGGUGGUAGAGUUGGAUGAGGACGAUGGGGAGGAACAAAUGAGAACAAAUAAGAUUACACGUGGAAAUACAACCUCGACUGCUAAGCCAAUGAGAAGGCUACGAAAACAUGACAGGACUGAAGUACAGUCAUCCUCCAGUGAGGGCGAAGGCCAAGAUGUUGACUCAGAAGAUGACAGUGAUGAUCAGAAGAUAAAACCCAUCACUGAGAAGAUGACUGUGCUGGGGGCUGGUUCUUUCCAGCAGUCAUCAGAAGAGGAGGGUGAGAUGAUGGCUUCUGGUCCCAUGGCAGCAGACGACGAGGAUGAUGACCCAGAGAAUAGAAUUGCUAGGAAAAUGCUCUUGGCCCAAAUAAAAGCCAACUGCUCUUCAGCAGAGGACAUCUCUACAGACGAGGACGAGGAAUCUGAGGAGGAAGUUGAAAAUGAAAUUAAAUCGGCCACUGAGGACAAAGAUGAGGGAGAGGACGAGGAUGAGCAGUAUGAUUCAGAAUGGGACUCUGACGGUGAAGUGAAGACCCAGCGCAAGCACCGUCUGCUCCGGUACAAGCUGUGCCCCAGCGACCAGCAGCCAGAAGGGCAGGAAACUGCCCCUCACAAUCCGCAUGGAGUCAAGAGUGUGACGAAGAGAACAGCAAGCAGUGAUAAUUCUGCCAGCUCAGACUUUGAAGAGUCGGCCAUGAGCGAGGAGCUCAGUGAAUCUGAGGAGGAGGACAAUGGACACCAGGAAUCUAAAUCUUCAAUGGAAUUUGAAGAAACCGAGGGAAGAUCCUCCCCGAAGAAACGGAAACGCAAUCUGCAGGAUUCCUCAGGCAGCGGAAAGAGUGAUGAAGAUGGAGGCGAAGACACAGACUCCAAAUCUCCACUCAAGGGUCGCAAAAAGAUCCGCAGGAUCAUCGACUAUGACAACCUGAGGUCAGAGACCCAAAAUGCUGUGAAAGAGGAGGAGGGCCGAAGAAAACGCAUUACAGAGAGAGAGCAGCACAGGGAACAUCUACGAGAGGUCAUUGUUAUUGAUGACACAUCUCCAGAGCCACAAUCCUUAACCACCAAGCUGGUGUUGGAGAUGGAUGAGGCGACGCAGGAGCCUUUAGUCCAGGUGCACAGGAACCUACUGACUAAGCUGAAGCCCCACCAGGUGGAUGGAGUGCAGUUUAUUUGGGACUGUUGCUGUGAGUCUGUGAAGAAAAUAGAGACGUCUCCUGGAUCUGGGUGCAUCCUGGCACAUUGUAUGGGCUUGGGAAAGACCCUACAGGUGGUGACAUUCCUCCACACCAUGCUGAUGUGUAAGAAACUGAAAUUCAAGACUGCUUUGGUGGUGUGCCCGCUCAACACUGUCUUCAACUGGCUCAAUGAGUUUGCAAAAUGGCAGAAAGGCAUGAAGCAUGAUGAGAUUGUAGAGGUGUCUGAGUUGACCACGGUGCGGGGUGCGGCAGAGCGCUGCAGUUCUCUAAAUCGCUGGUACCUGCGCGGGGGCGUCAUGGUCAUUGGAUAUGAGAUGUACCGCAACUGCAUGCUCGGCAAGAACAUCAAGGUCCCUCAACAUAAGCAGUGCUUCCAGAAGACUCUAGUGAAGCCAGGUCCUGAUUUUGUCAUCUGUGAUGAGGGGCACAUCCUGAAGAAUGCUGCCUCUGCCAUAUCAAUAGCAUUGAGCUCCAUCCGAACAAAGAGAAGGGUAGUGUUGACUGGAACCCCAUUGCAGAACAAUCUCAAUGAGUACCACUGCAUGGUAAGCUUCAUUAAGGAAAACCUGCUCGGUUCCGCAAAGGAGUUCCGGAACCGCUUCAUCAACCCCAUCCAGAACGGUCGCUGUGCUGACUCCACACCCAGCGAUGUCCGUCUCAUGAAAAAGCGUGCCCACAUCCUGUAUGAGAUGCUGGCUGGGUGUGUUCAGAGAAAAGAUUAUUCAGUUCUGAAUAAAUUCCUUCUACCUAAAUAUGAGUAUGUGCUGGCAGUAAGAGUGACACCUGCCCAGGAGAAACUGUACAGAUACUACCUGGGGCAUUUCACAGAACUGCAGGACAGCGUUGGUGAGGGUGGAACCUGUGGUGGAGGGAGAGGCCGAUCUGGGAGCAAACUCUUCCACGAUUUCCAGGUGCUUAGUCGGAUCUGGACCCAUCCUUGGUGUCUUCAGUUGGACAGCAUCAAAAAGGGAAACGGGGGCUACUUUAAUGAGGACGAUAUGGAAAAAAACACAUCAGGCACGGAGAACUCUGCAAUCACUACAAUCACCCUGAGCUCUGGGGAUGAGAAAGAGCACACCAGGAGAGAGAAGACAAGGGCUCAAGUUGUGAUGGGAUCCACAGGCAAAAUGGAUAGUGAUGGCAGGGAAGUGAUAAAAGGUUGGAGCGACAGCUGCAGAAACGGGCAGAAAGAGGGAUCCAGUCCAAGUCCUGUAGAUGAUGUGAAAAUGACCUCCAGUUUAUGCCCUGGUGGUAUUCCUCCUGACUGGUUCAAGAACUUUGUGACCAAAAGAGAUGCGACAGUAUUGGAACACUCUGGAAAGUUGGUGCUUCUGUUUGAGAUCCUCCACAUGGCAGAGGAAAUUGGAGACAAAGUGCUGGUGUUUAGUCAGUCUCUAAUCACAUUAGACUUGAUUGAAGACUUCCUGAAGCUGGCUAACUGUGCUAAAAAGGAAGGGAAGCCCUCUCCAUACAAAGGAGAGGGGAAGUGGAUCAGAAAUGUAGACUACUACCGUCUGGAUGGUUCUACCAAUGCUUUGACCCGGAAGAAGUGGGCUGAAGCGUUCAAUAAUACAGAGUCGUUACGGGGUCGCUUAUUUCUCAUCUCCACAAGAGCUGGAUCUCUUGGGAUCAACCUGGUUGCAGCCAACAGAGUCGUUCUUUUUGAUGCCUCAUGGAACCCAUCUUAUGACAUUCAGAGCAUUUUUAGAGUGUAUCGCUUUGGCCAGACGAAGCCUGUGUUCGUCUACAGAUUUCUCGCUCAGGGGACCAUGGAGGAGAAGAUCUAUGACCGGCAGGUGACCAAACAAUCGCUGGCUUUCCGAGUGAUGGACCAGCAGCAGAUCGAACGGCACUUCACCGAGAACGAGCUGACCGAGCUGUACACUUUCGAGCCCGACCAGCUGGACGACCCCACCUCAGGGAAGAAGAACAAGAGAGCCACCCCCAUGCUUCCCAAGGAUCCCUUUCUGGCAGAGCUUCUUCACAGUUUUAAAGAACAGAUAGUGCGCUACCACGAGCAUGACUCCCUCCUAGAUCACAAGGAGGAAGAAGCACUGAGCGAGGCGGAUCGUAAGGCUGCCUGGGCAGAAUAUGAGGCUGAGAAGAAGGGUCUGUCACUUCCACUGAACCAACCCUCCAAUUCUACUUUAACCUCAGGGGUCAAUCAUCAACAAUCGAACGGUCUGCCUGGCAUCACCCAUUUGCAGCUACAGAAACUCAUCAAUGAAGGACAGGUGAACGUGAAGGCGUCUGCCAAUGCACUGAAUUCCAUACCAAGGCUGACCUUCAACGAACACAUUGAACAAGUGAGGAAGGAUCACCCCACUAUGAGCGAGGAGCAGGUGGUUGCUUUCGCUCAGAGAAAAGAAAUCAGCACUGAACUGGAGCUGAAGCGUCGGGAAACCCACUACCAGGAGACCGUCAGAAAGCAUCAGGCGCUGGUCUCGUAUGUCCAGAGAAUCAUAAACAACUUGAAGGUACAUGACCAUCAGCUGACCAUGAAAGACAUCGGUCAGCGGCUUCCAAAGGAGGGUGGGGUGGUCACCUACGGUCCGAGCAGAGUGGAUGGCAACCGAGAUAGCCCAGCGCCCCAAACUCAACUGAGGGAGCCCUCUCCUUCCAUAUCUUCUGUGACACAAUGAAAUAACCGUUAUUUUGAAACUUUUUUGGGAGGCUCAAAAUUCAUAACAGACUCCUUCAGCAAGCGUAAAGCCUUAGAAGUGAAAGUUAUUUGUAUUAUCGACCCAGCUUCGCUGCACAUUUUCUGUGAUCCAAAGGAUGACAGCACAAGGGUUAAGCCACAUUAAGUUCCUAAAUCCUUCUGGAAAAUUAUUUUAAAUCUGUUGAUCUUUAAAUACCUAAAAUUAUCUUCAAAUAUUCUGUGUCCAUAUGUACAGUCAGAAUUUAUUUUCACAAUGAAUUUAUAUUUUCAAAUUCUCAAUAGAUUCACUGGACAUUUUUUGAGUUAUUAUAAAGUGUCACAUUGUUUUAUUCCAGUUGUUGCUUUCCACAUCACACUUUUUGUGGGCUAUUAGGAAUAUAGUUCUUUAAAGAACUCAAUGAGAAUGUAUGAAAUGAGUCUCCUGUUUGCAUUUACUAUUGUUGUUUUUAUUUUAUUUAAUAAAGGAACUAAAAGGUU